CCAGACGGCAACAUCACCAGCAGUAUCCUGACUUUCACGCCUGCCAUCGACGACGCAGGCCGGGUGCUGUCCUGCAGAGCAGUCCAGCCUGCCCUGGCCCACUCCACCCAUGAGGACGGCUGGAAGAUGGAAAUACAACAUUUACCCGUGGUAAAACUGGAAUUGGGAGCCAAUCUGGAUGCCAGCAAAGUGGUGGAAGGAUCCGACGUGUACUUAGACUGCAGGGUGCGAGCGAACCCGUGGCACACACAUGUAUACUUCACUCAUAAUGGUGCAAUAGUGAAGCCAGGCCCAGGCGUUCUCCUGGCCAACCAGAGCCUGGUCCUCCAGCAUGUGUCAAGAAAGGCUGCUGGUGCUUACGUGUGCUCAGCAAGGAACGGGCUGGGCGAGGGGUCCAGUGAGAAUCUCAUGCUGGACGUGAAAUUCACACCGACCUGCAAGUCGAGCCAGCCAGUGGUGUUACGUGCAGCGAGAGGGGAAAUGAUCGACAUCGAAUGCGAUUUGGAUGCCAACCCUAAGGAUGCUAUGUUCUACCACUGGUGGUUCAACAGCUCAGCGCACACUAAGCAUGAGCUUACCACGUCUCCUGCUACCUCUGNGGUACACCUCCCAGGUAUCUUCACGUACAUGGUGAACACGUCAUCGGACUACGGCUGGGUGCAGUGCUCGGGGACCAACUCCGUGGGUAGGCAGACGAAACCCUGCCUCUUCCAUAUCCUGCCUGCUGACAAACCAUCAGCAGUGAAGGCGUGUGAGAUCACGAACGUCACUUACGACUCCUUAACCCUCAACUGCACUCCUGGUCAUGAUGGCGGCAUCCGACAGUCGUUCCUUCUGCAGGUCUUCGACAUGGCCACCGGUCUCCUUCUCCGAAACAUCAGCAACGACGAGCCGGAGUUCGAAGUCGGCGGGCUGUCAGCAAGCAUGUCCCUUGCUGUGUCAGUGCGAGCCUUCAACAAGAAGGGCUCUAGUGAACCGCUGACCCUGACGUCCAGUUUGCUGAAGUACCCGCAACGGCACACAGUUGUCCCAAUAGCGCAAGUCCCAGUGAAAGUGGAGUUGACAACAGUGCUGAUAGUCGUGCUGUGUGCUGUGGGUGUUAUUGCUGCUGUAACAGCCGCAUCAGCUGCUGUGUUCUGCUGUCGGUACUGCCAUGAGAGGGACAAUAAAAAUGAGAAGGACAAGCGACAGCAAGAUGAAACGUCAAAUAUACCCCUGACAGGCACGAAAGAGACUGAGAGCGUUGACAGUUUAGAUAAAAACCCCGACAUCAUUCCACUAGAUGGCAAAAUAAGCGACAGCUGUUCGAACAAGUCGUCGACCACAGACUACAGUUCCAUCCGACCUUUAAUUUCCAAAACCCCAUCCGACAAAUACGACAUUCCUCCAAACUGUGACAGAUUCUACGACCACAGCAUAGAACCCUGCAACCAGUAUAUCCAGGUUCGACCAGACUACCGCGUUCGACCUACGUACCAGCCUAUGCCGAUGGCCAACCUUGGGCCCAGUAUACAAAGCUUGGGGCCAAUGAGCAGUUUGCACAUGAACGUUGGGCCAAACGAUUGUCACAGGCCGUACGAUAAGGUGUAUGAAGAUUGGCUGAAGUAUAAGAAUGCUUUGCCUUUGAAUACUACGGGUUUGCUGCCCCCAGAACAACUAAUGCCGCCCGAGCUCUACGCAUCCCCACCAUCUUUAUACAGCAACCCAAGCAGAAACCCCCUAAACCUGGCCCAGAUGCCAGAACUGGAGCCCAGGUACCACCUGGAAAGACUGCAGGACUCCAGGAGUUGUUCCAAUUCGCCACCAGUGAGGUUCAAUACGGAGAACACCAGUGCUUACUACAGCAAAGGCGUGAUGGAUAGAACUACUAACACUUUUCCACAUUUGAAAAGUAGGUUAAAUGGAAAUUCAUCGAAUCAAGGCGACAAAACUAGUGCAACGAAAUCAACGGACACCAACCUAGAACAUGUAACAAUCACAAACCAGGAGUGUGGUUGAGUGAAGCGAACAGUGAAGUUUUCACUGCAUUCUGACUAAGUGAAUUGUAAGUGAUAAGUGACAGUGCAGCCACCCGUCCGAAGAAUUCAGUUGGAAUAACAUUGUUUUACUUUAGUUGACUAGGUACUGUGAAAAUUUAGACUGUGUAUUUUAUGCAAAAGAUUUUUUUAAUUUAUUUUCAAAAUUGUAAUUACAUUUCAAAAGUGUACUUAGUUGAUUUCAUUAUAAAAAAAUGACA